AUGAGUUUCUCCAAGGAAACCACAAGCACAUCGUCGGCCGCGAACGACGCCAGCGUAUUCGAAUCUAGCAGGGUCUCAGAAGACGAUGACGUUUCUUCUGAAGAAGACGACACCUUGCUUCCAAUGAAUCACAUUUCAAAUAUGCAAAAGAAAUCGGAUAGUAUUCGAUACGAUGAAUAUCAAAGCUUUUUGUCACGGUCCGAGCGCGCUCACGAGAAGCCCGAUAAGCCACCUACGGCGGACGAGCUCAGACAGCGAAAAGUGAAAUUUCCAUCAGAACCGGAAGAGCUUCUUACGAUAUUCGAAUUUGAGCCUUUGAACGCUGAUGAAAAAUAUGCGGUAUACAUGCAGCAUGAGGACUUCUCUCGAGUAGACAAAGACAUGGAACUUCUUGCUUUUCGAUGGGAAAACCACGUUUCUGGUCGAAUAAUCUUGGAUGAAGACGUUGCGACGAUCCGCGGUCUGGAAGAACGUUUUAAAAACACAGGACGCGGAAAGGCCAUGGCUGUCCACGAGAAAGCCGUGCUUGAGGAGAUUCAUAGCCAAAAAGUUGAGGGCAAAAACUCAGUAAAAGAUCUGGAUUGGGAACGAAUCCGUCAAGCGUCGCUCCGUACCUCGAAGCAACGAAUCGAUUAUGCAGUCCAGCUAGCCAAGGAGGACGAAGAAGCGAGAGUUCAGGCCUGGAUACCUAAGCAGCAGCAAAAGCUAUUUUCAGCAGCAACGAAAGACGACAAGAAGAAAAAAAAGAAAGGAUUUCUUGGUUUGUUCGGAAGGAAAUGA